CCAUAUUGGAAACACUAAUUUCUGCCUUCACCACCAAGCCGUAGCGGAUGGACAGAAACCCGUGAAGAAUGGGAAGUGUUAUUGUUUCUAAUGCAUUGUUUUGCACAUAAAGAAAGUGUUUUUUUAUGUUUUAGUUAAAACCUAUUCGAUGGUUUGAUUUAGUCCUUUCCAAACAUGUCGGCCUCAGAGGACGCACAGAGCCUGGAGCAGCUGAAUAAAUUUGAGAAGCUGUCAGGGAGUCCUCCUCUCCGAGUGGCAGGCUCUAAGAAGAAAGCUCGCUGGCUUCAGGCUCGCCGAAUCCUCACUCAGCCUUGCUCCAGCCUGCGGAUCCCUAACAGGUUUUUAAGAGAAGGUCACAGGGCCCCUCCAGCGCGGAGCGGACACCGAUGCGUCGCCGAUAACACCAAUUUAUACGUGUUUGGUGGCUACAACCCCGACUUUGACGAGUCAGGUGGCUCAGAGAAUGAGGAUUACCCUCUUUUCAGGGAGCUCUGGAGGUAUCACUUCGCAACAGGGACGUGGCAGCAAAUCCGCACAGAGGGCUACAUGCCUACAGAGUUGGCCUCCAUGUCAGCUGUUUUGCACGGGAACAACCUGCUUGUGUUUGGCGGCACUGGAAUCCCGUUUGGAGAAAACAACGGGAACGACGUUCACGUUUGCAACGUCAAAUACAAGAGGUGGUCGCUGCUUAACUGUAGAGGGAAGAAACCCAACCGAAUAUACGGGCAGGCGAUGGCCAUCAUAAACGGCUUCCUUUACGUGUUCGGAGGGACGACAGGCUACAUUUACAGCACAGAUCUGCACAGACUGGACCUCACCACACGUGAGUGGAUUCACCUCAAACCAAACAACCCUCCAGAUGACCUGCCGGAGGAGCGAUACAGACACGAGAUAGCACACGACGGACAAAGGAUAUACAUCCUAGGAGGAGGAACCUCUUGGACAUCCUACCCUUUAGACAAGAUUCACGCGUACAACCUCGAGACAAACUCGUGGGAGGAGAUCACAACAAAACCUCACGGACGAAUAGGUUAUCCAGCUCCCAGGAGAUGUCAUAGUUGUGUCCAGAUAAAAAAUGACGUAUUUAUAUGUGGAGGCUAUAACGGCGAGUUGAUCCUGGACGAUUUGUGGAAGAUCAGCCUGCAGAACUUCCAGUGGAAUAAACUACCUGCGGUGAUGCCUGAGCCGGCGUAUUUUCACUGUGCUGCUGUCACACCGGCCGGCUGCAUGUACAUCCACGGAGGCGUAGUGAGCAUCCACGAGAACAAGAGGACUGGCUCUCUCUUUAAGAUCUGGCUGGAGGUCCCAAGCCUGCUGGAGCUGUGCUGGGAAAAACUGCUGAAAUCAUUUCCUCAACUAGCUCAGCUCUCGACCAUGCAGCUGCUUAACCUGGGUCUCACACAGGAACUCAUCGAACGCUUAAAAUGAGGAUCGUCACCAAGCACAUAGCAUGCGAUCUAUCGUAGGACGAAGGACGGACGACACACUUGAGCCAGUGUCCGAUGAUAAGGAAUACGUGACUGAUUUUUAUCAUUUCCUUUCCUGCUCCUUCCGGAAUAUAUCCUUAUAAUGUAGCCUGCCUUAAAACCAAAAAAAAAAGAACUUCGGGUCGGCCUUUCGUUCCAUUUCCGUUGUACUUUUAAUUAUUUAAGACAUCAAGUAGGAAGCGGUCCGUCUUUCAGGCUCUCCGUUUCUUUUGGCCUUCCCUCCAUCUGGACAGGAUAAACUCGGAUUGCCUUCGAAUAAACGUGGUUUUAUUUCUGCUCUAACUACAGCGACGGACAGAAAAACAUCUCAACGUGCAACGUCAAGCUGGUUUGUGUAACAGAUCAUUACUAUGCUGAUUAGGCUCGCUAAUGUUACGUGAAUAUUGUUCAGCAAUCUCUCACACACACACACCAUCAGUCCAUCCCGUUCUCUUUCUUUUUUUUUAUUUAUUUAUUUCUGCAAACAAAAAAAACAACUCGUAUCCUCCUUCGGGAGCAGGUGUGUUUUUCCGUUCUUUUGUCUCAUCCCAAUCUUUAUUCACUGUGAAUAAGGUGCUCUUUAAUUUACUUUUAAUGCUUUUAUUAUAAUAAAACACUUUUUUUGUUCUCUGCCAAAUCUGCUCUCCGCUUAUACAGACCUUUUUAAACGACGACGUUAGAUCACACACAAGUUCAUCUGCUUCAGUGCCUUUUCAGGGAAUUAAGUAAAAUGUGCUGUAUAUCACUCGACAGUGUCAAUAACGCACGCGCCUUGACGUAAGCACCUUACGUAUUUGAAAGUAUUUAAUGCUGAAACUAGAGUUAGCUUGAACUACAUCCCUGACUCUAAAACCUCUUUCCUUUUUAGAAGAUACUGACGUAGGACGCAUCGAUCUUUGGACAAUCGUUAAAGGGAAGAAAAAAAAAACAAACGCUCUGAUCCGACAACCGCACGAUGACUGGAUGACACUAAAUGAUGUAGUUCGCACUUAAUUAACCAAGCAAAGCUGCUCUGUGUAAAAUAUCAAGAGGAGGAAAUACAAAGCCUUCUACUACAAUACAGUACGUCACAGUGUUUGUUUAAACGGUAUGAGAGAGUUCAGGAGCGUGAGCACUUCAUUUCUACGAGCGCUGAGCACUAAGACGCGCAUCCGACUAACGCUACUGUUUCGUAGUCGUAAAACCAGCAGCAGCACAACGCAGCAACCACAAUAAACAGAAAGAAAUCAAAUUCAAUGUUCCAUGACUUCCUUUAACUUACUUUAUUAUUACUCGGUAGUGAUUGAUUGAUUAUCAGUUUGGUUUACACGAGUUGAAUCUUUUUUUUGUAAUCAAUUAAUCACACACUGGAAACCUUGUCGACGCGUCUGCGAUCUCUAAGUAACCGCAAGCCUCAUUUCUCUAUUUCAUAAUAUUUACAUAAACAAAAUGUCAUAUUUUGACAUUAAGCUCAGUACAACCUGAGUGUUUCAUUUAAACUCUUAUGUUUUACCCUCCGUUUUAAAUUAGAGCUAGAAGUCUCAGGGUUGCACCAACCUGAAACAGCCCCCACACACACUUUGGUUUUUUUUUUUUUCUUUUGCAUGUCUGAUAAAUAAAGUUUGAAGGAGUAUGAACCCUAUGAACCCUAUGAACCCUAGGCCACACUGGAUUCUGCUCUUUGCUGAUGUGGUUUUAAGGCAGAUAUCGAAUACCUGUAUUUGUGUUGAUUAUAGGAAGUCAAUAAAUUUAUCGAUCGAA